UCCUUUCCCCUCGGGUCCAACGCUUGGUCCCACUUUCCUAUCACCCCGCUCCAUAAUCCUAUCUGGCAAGAAUGCCUGUCGCCAGAGGUUUCUCGCCGGUGCUUGCCAGGAUAACAUAUUCCCAACACCAGUCCCAGCACCACCACAACGUGCGUCCAGGACUUGUACUUGUGCAGCAGUGGAGCCACUUGACAUUUGCUCCUAAUUCGUCUUCUUCAAGGGCAGUGGCCACGUCUAGGAGGAACCUGACUUCAAGUCUCCGACGUGCAACCCCGACAACACCUAUAGGAUGUCCUUUUCAACAGCAGCAGAGGCGUGAAUUGAGUUUUCUGGGCACCCUGAAGGCUGUUUUCCAACAGCCUACUCCGCCUAACCCUCCAAAGAAGAUACCCAAGGAGACCAGGGUCCUGGGACGAGUUCGUGUGGAUGAAUAUGACUGGAUGACCAACAAAAACGAUCCUGAUCUUAGGGAUUACAUUCAAGCUGAAAACACGUAUGCGAAGGAGUACUUUGCCUCGGAAGCUGCCGCUAUCCAUCUUUUGAACAGGGAGAUGAAGCAGGUUUUGCGGACGAAAAAGAUCUCGGCGCCGUUGACAACCCUUGUACAUGGGUAUGAAUACUACACCAAAACAAGUCGACAUGGCAUGGUCUACUGCAGGAGAAGGAAAUCGCCCAUUGCUAAAGAGGAAAUCUUGCUGGACUCGGCAUAUCUACCAGAAAAUUGUCACGUGAAGAAAGUACUUCUGUCAACUGGACACCACAUCUUUUCGUUCCUAACAUUGGAAGAGGGCGAAGAACUCGGAUCACUACAUUUCCGGGACUUGAACCGUGAGGAACCCUUUGAGGAGGUCCUAGAAGAUGUGUUUAACUUUGUGUGGGGCAAUGAUAACAAGACUAUAUAUUAUACCAAAUCGACGGAUGUGCUUAGACCGUACCAGAUCUGGGCUCACCAGGUCGGCACGCCACAGGAGUCCGACGUGCUGAUUUUUCAGGAGGAUGACGACAGCAUCUUUGUUGAUGUUGGAUCGACCAAGGACCACCGAUUCGUCACUAUCAACGGCAACUCGCUCUCAUCUUCAGAAGUCAGAGUCUUUGAUGCUGGACACGAUAUCUCAACUGGAAAACUGCCUGAGCUGAAGGUCGUGACUUCAAGAGUGGAGGGUGCUGAGUACUAUGUGGACCACCAUGAUGAUCAGUUCUAUAUUUUGACCAACGAUAAUCCAAAAAAGACGUUCAGAGUCAUGCGUGCUCAUCGUAGCAACCCUGGUCGCGAAUCCUGGGUAGAGCUCAUGGGAGCCAGGGAUAAUGAGAAAAUCGAAGACGUGGAUAUUUUCAAGAACUUCAUGGUCAUUUAUGCCAAGCGCGAUGCUCUACCUGUGAUUUCGUGCUACCAUUUUGAGACGGGCGCUGUGCACGAAGUCCCAUUGCCAGAGCAAUUCUGUACAAUUGGCGCAGGAGUGAAUCUAGAAUACGAGACGGACUCUUUCCAGUUCACACUCAACUCUCCCUAUGCACAUGAGGCGACUUAUGAGUACGAUAUGGCAUCGAGAGUCAUGACAGCCCUACGAGUUCAUCCCAUCCAUCGCCUUGAUCGCUCAAAGUACAUGUGUACACGAAUCAAUGUCGAUGCCGAAGACGGGCAUACAAAGAUCCCUGUAACACUUUUGCACCGGAAGAAUAUGCAGCUCAAUGGCCGGAACCCUACUUUGAUGCGUGCCUAUGGCGCCUACGGUGUCCCCACUGAUAUUGAUUUUAGAAUGGAACACUUUCCUCUGCUGGAGCGUGGCUGGAUCAUCGCCCUGGCACAUGUCCGAGGAGGCUCUGAAUUAGGGUCAAUGUGGUACCAACAAGGAAAGCUCUGGAAUAAGCGCAACACGUUCACGGACUUUAUUAAUGUUGCGGAGCAUUUAGUGGAAGCCGGUUAUACCAACCCGAGGAGGUUGACUGCCAGUGGCGUCAGCGCCGGAGGGCUUUUGAUGGGUGCUGUGUGCAACAUGCGUCCAGAUCUUUUUAGGGCGAUGAUUUUGAACGUCCCGUUUCUGGAUCCAAUGACGACGAUGCUUGAUCCAGAGAUACCGCUGACCAAGGUCGAAUACCUAGAAUGGGGUAAUCCUGCAGAAUCCACCGAAAUGUAUGACUACAUGGCGAGCUAUGCACCCUACGAUACCAUCCCGAAUUACGAUAGCCAGCAGGAGAGCAUGAGACGCCAACGAGUAACGAAGCAACAGCAACAGCGCAUGGAGCGUGAGCCCUUUACUGCUGCAGAACCCACUGCAGAGCCCCCUACUUCUGCACCACCCACAGCGCAAGGUGCCUGUUCAGUCAAUACAAGUAACCAGACAGUUGUGCCGGCGACCUACCCACCGCCACCGAUCACCUCUCGCCGCCCAGCACUCAUGAUCUUGUGUGGCGAGCGUGACCAAAGAGUCGACUAUACGCAGUCAACGAAGUAUGUGGCCCGUCUGCGGUCAAGGCUCGCGCCGUGGUACGGCACAGAGGGCAAAGAGGCAUGUCUCCUUAUGAUUGAUGAGAAUAGGGGACACUUUGGAAAUGGUACACAGGACGAUCGGGUUAAGAACUGGGCAAGGGAGGUUGUAUUCCUGUUGGGCAGUGUUCAGUUGGAAGGAGGCGGGACGCCCAUAACAAUGGGAAACCAUGUUGGUAACGGCUAUGGGUCAAAACUAUAGACCAUAGAUUGUAAUAAAUAAGGUAUAGUGGAAAGAAAUGGGGGUUGUCUUUUUUGAAAGCCCAUAUGCGCCAGUG